AUGGAAGCAGUGCAUGAGGUCAGCUUGGCCGCCCUGCUGGACGCUGGGGACGGAGCCGUCGUGACUCUGGUGGCCGGCGACACGCGGCUGGUGGCGCACAGGGUCGUCCUGGCCGCCAGGAGCCCUGUGAUUGCCGCCAUGUUCCGCCACGGCACGCCGGAGGCCAGCAGUCACCAGCUCGCAGUCCCUGACAUGGAGGGCCCAGUCCUGCAAGAGCUGCUGGGCUACCUCUACACCCUGCAGGCGCCCCAGCUGCCCUGCAUGGCCCACCAGCUGCUGGCCGCCGCUGACAGAUACGGAGUGUCCGUCCUGAAGGCAGAGUGUGAGCAGCAGGUGGCUGCACAGCUGUCUGUCGAGACUGCGGCGGCCACCGCUGUCCUCGCGAUUAGGCACUCUGCUGACAGCCUGAAGCAGGCUGCCGUCGCCUACAUUAAGGCCCACUUGGUCAGUGUGAUGGCCACGCAGGCCUGGGCAGAUGCAAUGCAUAGCCAGCCUGAAGAUUUGAUCGAACUUCUGGUACUGGACGCGACGGGGUGUCGGGACCCACGAAGAGAGGCAGCGUCUCCUGACGCUGCGUCGACGGCUGCUGAGUGGGCGCCGGACAAGGCGCUGCGGUGUCAGACUCCCUGGGGGUGCCCAAGGAAAGCGGCUGCAGGACAGGCUGCACAGCCACCGCUUGGGAAGGCGGCCCGGCUGAGGGGUCGACGUCCAUCAGCUCCGAAGGCGGUGGCGACUGAAGAGGGACCGCAGGCGCCGGAGCGACCACCUGGGGCGCUCCCGGAUGAAGCUGCGCGGGAGGCAUCAACGGGACGGGCUGUCGGCGUGGUAGCGGCGACGGCUGCUGCUGCUGCCCUGGGGGCGGCAGCGAAGUCGGAAGGCGCGGCUGGAACCCGCCGCGGACCAAAUCUGUGGACAAAGAACGAGCGGCAGAAUCCGGGCGGCCAGCGCGGCGCAACUGGCUCUGAUGCCUCCUGUGCACCCCAGUAG